UGUGGUUUGUUUAAAGGAUCGCUUGUUUUCAUGAUUUUAAGAGAUACAAUCAGGGAAUAAUCUCUAUGUGUAGGAUACAAAACCGCAAACUUAAGACAAGCCAAAAGGUUUUUUUUAUAUGGAAAUGAAUAAUGAAGGCUGUAUCUCAUUAAACAUGGUGAAUGGUAAAUAAAGCCUUUCUUGAAUAAUAUUUGCAAUCACACGUUGAUGUACAAAUCAGUUUAUUUCUAGGGGUUUUUGUGAUGGCAGACAAUUUUGUAUUCCUGUGAGCUUCAGAACCGCGACAGUUUAAUUACAUAGGAAGUGAUGGGUAUUUAUAUUAAUUGAGUUUUUAUUUCAAGGAAGCGGUGAUAUCACAAUAAUAUUGUCUGUAUUUACGAUACUUUGUUGGUAUACAUUUACAAUGCCAGUGAAAAGUAAAGUCUGUGUAAACAAGAAUAAUUUAAGCGUGUUUAACAUUAAUUAAAGGAAAGAUAAUAUUCUAAAAGGAAUAUACAUGUGAACAAAAUAUGAGUUUGUUAAAGAAGUCACGUAAUGGAAUGAGAGGUUACAGAUAUGGACAUGUUGGGAAAGGGUCGUUACAUGGCUCAGGUAGAAUGACGAUAAGAGAACAGCCUAAUGAGAAUGAUUGGCUACCAGAUGACCCUCGUCAAAAUGAAAAUGGUGACGCUAUAUUGCAACCGAAAAGUAAAAGAUCCGCCUCUAGACUCACUUUUGAAAAAGUUGGUGGUCAUCACAGAACGUUGUCAUCACUGGAGGAAGACUUCAUUUAUGCUGCUGAGUUUGGAGAUAUACCCACAGUCCAACGAAUUCUAGACGAGAAUCCCGCCCUAAACGUUGACUUUAGUGAUAUACUGGGUCGAACACCGUUACGUCUUGCCGUUGGAAACGAACACUUAGAGGUUGUGGAACUACUUUUAGACAGGAGUAAUCUUGCAAAUAUAUAUGAGGCAUUGCUACAGGCCAUUAGCUCUGGACACGAACAAAUUGCAGAAUCAAUAUUAAAACAUCCAAAAUACCAGGGAAUGAAAAAGGAGCAUAAACACUUUGGUGAAACUGACCAUUUUUUUAACACGGCCAGUGAAGAUUCGCCAUUUUCAUCAGACAUUACGCCGUUAAUUCUCGCUGCGGAGCGCAAUCAGUUUGAAAUCGUGCAGCUCUUAUUACUGCGCGGUGAGACAAUACGAAAACCCCACCAUUAUUAUUGUAAUUGCCAAGAAUGCAGCAAUAAGUUAGAGUUUGACCAACUCAGACUGGCUAAAACUAGACUCAAUGCCUACAGGGGACUUUGCAGUGGAGCAUAUAUAUCACUGUCUAGUAAGGAUCCUAUAUUAACAGCUUUUGAACUUGCGAAGGAGCUCAGAGGUGUGGCUAAAGUGGAGAAAUACUAUAAGACAGAGUAUUUGGAGCUCGCCGACCAGCUUAGCGUGUAUGUUGUGAAGCUGUUAGACAAGGUAAGGGGUCAUGAUGAACUUGAGAUCCUGAUUAACAAGACAGGUCGGGACAGCGAGAUUGAAACGUACGAGAGACUUGCCAGACUUAAACUAGCUAUCCAGUAUAGCGAGAAAAAGUUUGUUGCUCACUCAAGUUGUCAGCAGAAGUUAGUCAGUAUAUGGUACUCGGAUUUGCGGGCGUUAGAGAGAUCAAAUUGGUUCUUCCGUUCAAUGUUGGUUUUCUUCAUCACAUUUGGUUAUCCUUUCAUGUGCAUCUUAUAUCUUCUAGCACCGAGGUCAAAGAUCGGACAUUUUCUCCGUUAUCCGUGCAUUAAGUUUAUAGGACACACGAUGUCCUUUGUUGUGUUCCUAGUCAUGUUACUUUUCUCUAGUAUGAUGGAAGACCCGUCUGGACUCGCUUCUCUAUCUAACUUCACUGAACAAUUCAAGCAUUAUGGCGUGUUUCGUAACAGGUCACCUUAUGUUCUUCAUGGAAACCAGACUCUGCCUCCUAACUUCAAACUGCGGUCAUUCACACCACAGACUAUAAAUAUUAUAUUAUCAAUAUGGAUAAUUGGAAUGUUAUGGCAGGAACUGAAGCAGGUAUAUUCUGAAGGAAUAUACAAUUACUUUGAAGCCCUCUACAAUUAUCUCGACUUUGCCGUCCUUACUCUUUACAUUACAUCUUUUACUCUUAGAUUUCUGACAUUAAUCAAGGUACAACACGCUUUGGAGUUUUUCAAACUUGACAGUAAUUGGGAGAAACUUCAAAACAUGACCGCACAAGCCGAAGAAGAGUUUUAUUGGCUCAUAGCAGAUCGGCUAUACUGGGACUCAUGGGACCCUCACAAUAUUGCCGAGGCAAUAUUUGCCGUUGCUAAUGUGAUAAGUUUCAGCCGGCUGUCGUAUAUUUUACCUGCACAUGAGCUAUUUGGACCAAUGCAGAUAUCUGUAGCUCAGAUGAUAACAGACUUUUUGAAGUUUUUGGCCGUGUUCUCUGUAUUUUUUGUUGCGUUUAUGGUCGGAUUGCACAAUUUAUAUUGGUACUACCCGAAAGAGGUGAGAAAUCAGGUUGAACUUGUACAAAAUGAUAUAACCACUACAGCCGAGGAACAUUUUGGCAUACCACACAUAACAUUUCGGACAGUCUUCUGGUCAUUAUUUGGUCGUGGGGAGCCGACGGCGGUUGAAGUUGAACCUUUUGGUCAUAAGACCACGGAGACCGUGGGUUAUUGGAUUUUUGGAGCCUAUAAUUUCUGUACAGUAAUAGUAUUGCUUAACAUGCUGAUUGCCAUGAUGUCAAGGUCGUUCGAACUUAUUCAGGGCCAAGCCGACACAGAAUGGAAAUUUGCCCGAAGUAAGCUUUAUAUGGAAUAUAUUAAAGACGAAUCUACUUUGCCAAUUCCUUUCAACAUUAUUCCAUCGCCAAAAACAGUUUUCUACAUCUUGAAGACAGUAUUCGGAUGUUUUUGUUGUUGUACGGGAGAUGAGGGUCAACAAACUAUAGCUCAUCCUGGCAGAGUUGUCGACUUAGAAAUGUUCCCGCCGUCUACCGUUGGAGGACAGGUGACCCCGGCUGCUCGGACAAAUGCCCAGAUAUCCUGGGGCACUAGGGAAAACCAUGGUGGACCGGGAAUCAAACAUUUUCAAGAAAAAAUGCAGACGUCAAACGGAUUUGUUAGGAAUGAUUCCGACCCAAACAUAUUUUCAGACAAACUGACAUACAAGCGAGUCAUGAAGAGAAUAGUGAAGCGAUAUAUAUUUGAUGUCCAGAGAGAAAAUGACGCAAAUGACGACUUUGACGAGAUUAAACAGGACAUCAGUAGCUUCAGAUACGAGAUGCUGAAUCAUAUAGCAGUCCGCCAGCUAGAGACAACCGACAACAAAGAACGCCUUGAGAAACUUUAUGCUAAGAUGGACACUAUAGUUAACCAACAAAAACUGGUUCUGAAACUAUCAGGAUUUAGACCUUUAGCAUUCGAUGAAAACUCCGACAAUGAUUCAGGAUCAACAUUUUCCCAGUCGAUAUCUGUUCAUUCUGAGGAUGAUAACAUGCAGGGAAUGAAAAAGCGAUUAGGUUCACCGACAUCUAGUCUACAAAACAUACCAGAAGAAAACAAGAUGGCUGGUGUUUCAUCUCGAAGUAAAAACAAAAUUAACGUAAACCAGUCAGUUAAAUCUAGAGAUGAUAUUGUUUUCAAACGACAAUCUAGUUUUGACCGUGAAACGUUUGACAGUGAAGAUUCUACUGUUACAUUAACGUCUCUAGAACGUGCAGACACCAACGUGCAAGAAAAUGAUAAUGUGAUAAGUGAUAGAGACAUUGAUGUUGAAGUUGAAGUUAAAAGUCCGACACCGUUUGGUGUGUUUAGACGAGAAAAUAAAUUAUGAUAGGCUAUGAUUGUAACUGUAAAAUGUGAUAUUUUGUUAACAAUUUUAAUUCUUACGUGCUCAUGGUGAGCUGUUGUGAUCACCCUCUGUCGAUUCUCAUCUAUUUCUUUACUGAAACCGAUUACUAAAUAUCGCAGGACCAAAACGAAUUAUUAAAUUGUAAAAAGUUUGCAUUAAGUAGGUCAUAAAAAUAUUUGUGAAAGAUGCAUAUUUCAAAACUCUCAUUUAGAAUUUAUAAUGUCAGUAGCUUUAAAAUGUGGUGUGUUACAUGAUGUAGAAGUCCUCCGUCAAAGCUAUUUGUAUAACGCCUAUUUGGUAAAACUUGAUUCCGCCCACAGGCAAAAUUUUCAUUUCUUCGUUUCGAAUUACUAGUAUUCAUUCCUUAUUCUGUAAAUUCUGUAAAAGUUUGCAUAAAUGACUGACUUAGACUUGUUUCAAUCAUACAAUAUCCACAAUAUCUGUUAGUGUAACUUCCAUGUUUUGUUCAAGUCGCAUGACUACUCGGUGAUUCUGGGGCCGUCUAAAUUUCGUUCAACAUACAAAAUGUAUAUAGAUAUAUUUACGCUUCAAAUCCAAAAUAUAUAGAAUUUAUACAGAAAUUCAUGCAGGGACUUUGAAAAAAUGUCAUUUUAGUGUGAUUUGAGUAUUUAAGAUUAUUUUAAUAUUUUGUCAUUAAUUUGCCUGAGUAUUCCUUUUAUGUAUAUAAACUUUUAAAAUAUAUAUUCUCUAUAGCUAUAAGUUAAAUAUAUCUUAUAAAAUAGACUCAUAACAACAUCGUCGUUGGUUCAAAGUUUGCCCUGGCCCGGGUGUAAAAUCUGUUCUUGUUUUUCCUCUCUUGAACCCGAGUCUGAAAUUAGAAAUUUGGCAAAAGAGUUUCGGACAUAUUUUUUUUGUUAUACCCCCCGUCAUCCAUCCGUCUGUCCGCAAUUUGGUUUCCGGAGCAUAACUUAAGUUCCAUUUGGCCCACAAUAUUCAAACUUCAUAGGAUGAUUGUCCAUAUUAAGUAGAAGACCCCUAUUGAUUUUUGGGUCACAAGGUCAAAUAUCAAGGUCAAUAUUACCUUAAAACUGAAAACAGUUUCCGCUCAAUAACUUAAGUAUUAAUCAAUCUACAGCUGUAAAAUUUUAUAGGAUGAACAGCCAUGUCCAAAACGUUUUUUUCUCUCAAUAACUUAAGUAUUAAUCAACCUACAGCUGUUAAUUUUUAGGAUGGACAGCCAUGUCCAAUACAUGACCCCUAUUGAUUUUAAAGUCAAAGGUCAGGGUCACAAUUACCUUAACACUGAAAAUUAUGCUUCAUCCUUACUAAAAAACAACACUUUUUGGGCAUAUAAUGCUCCGCCUAGCGGUGCUCUUGUCCUUAUAUCUUUAAGGAAGCUUUAGAAUAAAUGAAAUUGUGUCUUCUUAGUUUAGAUUCAUAAUCAAUCGGCAGUUGUUAUCGAUAAUACGUUUGUGAAAUUAUAAAUUUCACUUGAAUAGUGCGCCAUUUAUUUUACAACACGAACCAAUAACGUCAAUUUCUUUAGGAAUCACUUUGUAAGCUAAAAUCAUUAGUUAGUAAUAUCAUAACAUAACCAAUUAUGGUAACAACUUUAUAACACGUAUGAUUACUUUUACCAGGUAUAUAUUGGAUAAAUUUUAACUGUUUGGUCUAUUGUUAUUGUAAAUAUAAUAUCUGUAUAUGUUUUCAUCUGUUACUUUUGUAUAACAUUUUAUUAUAGUUUUAUAACUUGAAGAUACAUUUUCAUAACCGAUCAACGUAUGGCUAGUCCUACACAUAGUAAAGCAUAUGUAAAAAAAACAGCAUGCGUUUUAUAGUCAUUAACUAUUACUAUUCAUUUGAUAAAGUAUCCCACAUUUAAUAUUUUGAAAAACGUUACAUAUGGUUAGUGCAGGUUAGUGCACUUAAAACUAUUCAAUUUAUUUUGGCUAACAAAACAAAUUUAUUUGAUAAAACCUAAAAUUAUCUAUCACUUAAGUAAUUGUUGGUAAUUAUCACUUAGACUUAGAGUCAAGAAGAUUAAAAAGCAUUUAGCAUUAGCACUAAAGAAAGUUAGUAUAGGGCAUUUACAAUCCAUAUAAAUAACAAACAUAUGUAAAAAAAAAAGUUUGAAAGAAACUGUGAAUCAAUUGUUAUGAAAUUGUAAAUUCGUCCAUUUUUGUAUAUAUAAUAAAGUGUAACUUUUAUGAAUUGUAAAUUUUUUUUCUUAACUUCUUAAAGCUACAUUAAAUAAAUAUGUAAAGAUAUUUUGCCUUCGGCCUAAAAACCAAGCAUUCUGCAGAUUCAUUAACCUUUUUAACAGUAUUGUUGUAAAUCUCAGCAAAUAAUUUUCAUAAAUAAGGAUUUUAAACGGAAAACCCCACGGUAACACUAAAGUUCGUAUACGAAUUUUAACAUGCAAAUGAAGAAUAUAUAAUCAGCUCGUGUAUGCGCUACGUCACAGUGUUAUAGCUGCUAUCCGGAACACAACAAAUAUGAGAUUUUCUUGUGCAAAUACAUUAUAACUGUUUAACUUCAUGGUGCACUAGGCUUGAGGUUCAGUAAAAUGUAAUCAUCUCAUAAAAAAGAUUAAAUUUGUAUGAAAUCAUCCGUUACAAUGCGGAAAUAUACCGUUAAAUUAGGACUGCUACUUAUAGUCAUGUUUGUUGGUUUAAUAUUGAUGUACGGAUGUUCUGAAGGCGGAGUUUAUCAUGCAAACAGAUAUUGUACUUCCGAUUUCGCCACAAUGAGGUUGUCCAUUUUUUAUGCUUAUAAAACUUAUUUUGGUUGUCUGGACACCAAAAUAAGAUCUGGAGUCGAUAUGAAACCCAAUUUAUUAAUGAAAUGUCGCUAUUUCUGUUUUUAUGAAAUUUAAAAUGUAACUUUAAGA